AAAUAUCUCACCCUCACAAACAUCACAUUCCUGGACCCACUUUCUUCCACUCUAAACCCGCUUCUCUUCAAAUCACCACCACACGCAUCAAAACCAUUUCAUCUCAAAAACCUCACAUCACACCAUGGAAGAACACUCCGUCGGACCACUCGUUCCCGCCGUCGUCAAACCCGAACCAUCCAAAAACCUCUCCACCACCGUAACCGUCACCGGCGACAUCGCCGGUGGAGACAAUUUCCCGAUCGCAACUAUGACGGAAUUAGAUAAAGACUUUCUAUGUCCGAUUUGUAUGCAGAUUAUCAAAGACGCGUUUCUUACAUCUUGUGGUCAUAGCUUUUGUUACAUGUGCAUUAUUACUCAUCUUCGGAAUAAAAGUGAUUGUCCUUGCUGUGGUCAUUACCUUACCAAUAGUAAUUUGUUUCCCAAUUUCUUACUCGAUAAGCUACUAAAAAAGACGUCGGAUCGUCAAAUAUCGAAGACUGCUUCCCCCGUGGAGCAUUUCCGGCAGGCGAUACAAAAGGGUUGUGAAGUGACAAUGAAGGAGCUCGACACCCUUUUGUCACUCCUUGCUGAGAAGAAAAGAAAAAUGGAACAAGAAGAAGCUGAGAGAAAUAUGCAGAUAUUGUUAGAUUUCUUGCAUUGCUUACGCAAGCAAAAAGUUGAUGAGUUGAAGGAGGUGCAAACUGAUCUCCAGUUCAUAAAGGAGGACAUUGGGGCCGUGGAGAAACAUAGAAUGGACUUAUAUCGUGCUCGGGAUCGGUACUCUGUGAAGUUGCGGAUGCUUGAUGAUUCUGGUGGAAGAAAAUCAUGGCAUUCAUCAAUGGACAAGAAUAGCAGUGGCCUUGCAUCUAGCCCUUUAAAUAUUCGAGGAGGGUUGUCUUCAGGGAGCCAUACUAAGAAAAAUGAUGGAAAGUCUCAAAUCAGCUCUCAUGGACAUGGAAUCCAGAGAAGAGAUCCCAUCAGUGGAUCAGAUUCUCAGUAUAUAAAUCAAUCGGGUCUUGCUCUAGUUAGAAAGAAGAGGGUGCAUACACAGUUCAAUGACCUACAAGAAUGUUAUCUACAAAAACGACGGCAGGCUGCAGAUAAGCCACAUGGCCAACAAGAAAGAGAUACAAAUUUCAUAAGUCGAGAAGGUUAUAGUGGUGGUCUUGAUGAUUUUCAGUCAGUCUUAACAACUUUCACACGCUACAGUCGAUUGCGAGUCAUUGCAGAAAUAAGACACGGGGAUAUAUUUCAUUCAGCCAACAUCGUUUCAAGCAUAGAGUUUGACCGAGAUGAUGAUUUGUUUGCUACAGCUGGAGUUUCCCGACGUAUUAAAGUUUUUGAUUUUUCUGCGGUUGUGAAUGAACCCACAGAUGCUCAUUGUCCUGUUGUGGAGAUGACCACACGUUCAAAACUUAGUUGCUUGAGUUGGAACAAAUAUGCUAAGAAUCAAAUAGCUAGUAGUGAUUAUGAAGGAAUUGUGACUGUUUGGGAUGUGACCACUCGAAAGAGUUUAAUGGAGUAUGAAGAGCAUGAAAAGCGUGCAUGGAGUGUUGAUUUUUCAAGAACGGAUCCCUCUAUGCUUGUAUCUGGUAGUGAUGAUUGCAAGGUCAAAGUUUGGUGCACGAAUCAGGAGGCCAGUGUUCUAAAUAUAGACAUGAAAGCUAACAUAUGUUGCGUGAAGUAUAAUCCUGGAUCGGGGAAUUACAUUGCAGUUGGGUCAGCAGACCAUCACAUCCAUUAUUAUGAUUUGAGAAAUAUUAGCCGUCCAGUCCAUGUUUUCAGUGGGCACAAGAAGGCUGUUUCAUACGUGAAAUUUUUGUCCAACGAUGAACUUGCAUCAGCAUCAACAGAUAGUACACUGCGGUUAUGGGAUGUGAAGCAAAACGUACCAGUCCGCACUUUCAGAGGCCACGCAAAUGAGAAAAACUUUGUUGGCCUUACAGUAAGUAGUGAAUACAUUGCAUGUGGCAGUGAAACAAAUGAAGUAUUUGUCUACCACAAGGAAAUCUCCAAGCCUUUGACUUGGCAUAGAUUUAGUUCCCCUGACAUGGAUGAUGCGGAGGAUGAGGCUGGAUCUUACUUCAUCAGUGCUGUAUGCUGGAAGAGUGAUCGCCCCACCAUACUAACUGCAAAUAGUCAAGGCACCAUCAAAGUGCUGGUGCUUGCUGCUUAAACACAAGGAAAAAUGAACAGAAUGCUGAAUCGGUAUUGUUUAUUCCUAUGUUAAAAUUGUUGUACCACUAAAAUUGUACAUAGUAUUUAAGUGUAUAUGGUAGGUUUUAGGCAACACCCCACUAAGUGGGAUAAAGCUUGGUUGUUGUUGUUGUUGUGGUAGAUUUUAGGGAUCUUAUUGAGGUGUUAGCCGAGGACACUGUAUGAUGAUAAACCAAUUAAGAAACUGAACUUUUGCCAAUUAAGGACCUCAAAUUUGUUAAAAUAAUUAGUUUAGGAUUAAGCAAAGCCAACAGGAACUAAAGGUUGGAAAAUGGGGAUGAAGUGGAGUUGGAGAGGUACAGCGAGAAAGGAAAGGAAGCGGUGGUGGAACUCGAAGAGAGAGAGACAAGGAAGAGAGGAAAGAAGGAGGAAUAGGUGGUGGAGGAUUGGUAAAAUCGGAGAUAAAGGGAUUACUAUGUAAUUUUGUUUAGGUGUCGUAACUUUAUUUUGUGUAGGUGGACUAACUUGUAUCAAGUAAUUUUCUUGUAAGUGUCUAUUAUGAUAAGAUAAGGUUGUCAUAGGAAACUCUGCCCUAAUUUGUUCUCUUCAGAAGAGUUUUAUUUAAAUUUUCAUUAAGGUGAUUUCCAUGUAUCAGAAGAAUUUUAUUUAAAUUUUCAUUAAGGUGAUUUCCAUGUAUUA